AUGACAGUUAACCAGUCAGCCCUCAUGCUCUGCCAGCACUAUUACCGUAAAGGGAGUAUUGAUCCUGCCAAUGACACCUUCAACAUCGACCCUGAGGUUAUCACAGAGUGCCUGGGUGUGGAUCCCCCAGGGAAGAUACCUUCUUCGCUGGACCUUGAAGAGUCCCUUCCAGAUUUUGUGGAGCCAGACAGAAGCUACAGAAAUUUUACUCUCAAAUUCUACAAGCUCAUUAAUGUCACCAUCUGGUUCAAGCUGAAAGCCAUCAACAUACAAACAAUAAUCAACAAUGAGAUUCCAGACUGCUACACCUUUUCUAUCACAAUCACAUUAGACAACAAAGCACACAGUGGCCGUGUGAAGAUCCACUUGGACAACAAAGUGAGCAUCCAGGAGAGCAAAGACCCCAGUGUCUAUGGCAAAGGAGAUAAUGGUUUCCGGAUGUUCUUUGAUGUAAUCGUGCUCCUGAUCUGUGUGCUGUCCUUCGUCUUGUGUUCCCGCUCAAUCCUCAGGGGGCUUCUGCUGCAGCAUGAAUUCACCCAGUUCUUCCAACGCUGCUACAACCAAGACAUCUGCCUGUCUGCCCGCAUGGAAUUUGUGAAUGGCUGGUAUAUCCUGCUUGUGGUGAGCGACAUCAUGACUGUAUCUGGGACCGUAAUGAAGAUUGGGAUUGAGUCCAAGAACUUUGCCAAUUAUGAUGUGUGUGGCAUCCUUCUGGGCACCUCUACACUCUUGGUCUGGGUUGGUGUCACGCGCUAUCUCAGCUUCUUCCAGAAGUAUAAUAUGCUUAUUGUCACCAUGCGGGUUGCCCUCCCCAACGUCAUCCGUUUCUGUUGCUGUGUGGCAGUCAUCUACCUGGGCUACUGUUUCUGUGGCUGGAUCGUGCUUGGACCCUACCAUGUCAAGUUCCGUACCCUCUCAAUGGUUUCAGAAUGCCUUUUCUCUCUUAUCAAUGGAGAUGACAUGUUUGUGACCUUUGCAUCCAUGGAACAGAGCAACUACUUGGUCUGGCUUUUCAGCCAGCUCUAUCAGUACACCUUCAUCAGCCUUUUCAUCUACAUGGUGCUCAGCCUUUUCAUUGCACUCAUCACUGGCUCUUAUGAGACCAUAAAGCAUCAAUCUGAGGGAGAAACAACUGUCACACAGCUCCAUGCCUAUAUAGCCGAGUGCAAGGACAGCCCUAAAUCUGGGAAGUUCCGCAGGGAGAGUACUUCUUCAUGCUCUAUCUUCUGCUGUUGUGAGCGAACCCCAUUACAGGAGAAUGUGCUGGUGGUGAACUGAAAAAGAACUGGUGUUCCUCAUUCAUUGUUGGC